GGCAAAUUUUGACAAGUCACCAACUGCGAUGGAUGUUGGUGAAGUAAGGGUGGCAGAAGAUGCCGAUUUUAACAGACUUAAAAGUUUAUGUGACGAAACUGAGGGAUGGAAACAAGAAUACAACAAAAAUAACGUAAAAGUGUGGACUAAAAACAACGAUAAAUCGGAUUUUAAGGUGGUGAAAGUGAGAACAGUCUUUGAAGAUGUUAAACCAGAAGUAUUAUAUGACGUGCUACACGAUCCAGAAUACAGAAAAACUUGGGACCAUGCAAUGCUGGAAGGCUAUGAAAUUUGUGUGAUAAACCCAAACAAUGACAUUGGUUACUAUGCAGUAAAGUGCCCUCCUCCUCUAAAGAAUCGAGAUUUUGUCACUCAGCGAUCAUGGUUAGAUCUAGGCCCAGAAAAAUGUAUAGUCAACCAUUCUGUAAAUCACAAGAAAAUGCCAAUAAGAAAAGGUUUUAUACGAGGUGUAUCAUAUGUUACUGGGUAUCUUGUACGACAACAGGGACCGAAGAAAUGUCAGUUUACAUAUGUAUCUCAGUCAGAUCCUAGAGGAAAACUUCCAGUCUGGGUUGUGAACAAAGGCACACAAUAUUUUGCUCCGAAGAUAAUAUCAAAGAUUUACAAAGCCUGUCAGAAUUAUGAGUCCUGGAAGUCUAAGCAUAACCCUGGUCAUAAACCAUGGCUGUACCCGGAACAAAUGUCACUACCUCGACUAGAUAUGAAUGACAUUGGUGCUGAGUGCGAAUUCACAUCCAACGAGUCAUUAGAUGAAAGCAAUGUAAAAGAAGAGGAUUUAGACAAAGAUUAUGAAGACAAGAUAUUCCGUAGUUAAUAUUGCUGUUAAGUUUGUCAGGGAGAUGUUUAAAAAAUUAUCAGGUGAAAAUUGAAAAGUUAAAUGUUUUAUUGAAAUGCACUUCAUGCACUUUUAUGCAGUGAUGAAAGAUAGGUAUACAGUCAAUGCAUACCAUUCAUGCCAUUUAUUUUUUAUUUGUAAAAUAUCUUCCAUGUAAAGUCAGAACAUUGCCAAAAUCGGUAACUUAUUUAUUUAUUUGUUUGUGUUUUGACAAUUUUUUCACUGCAUUACCAGGCCUUAAUGCCAUAAAAAUGUACCUGGAGCGGAAUGGCUGUAUUACACAGAGGUUGUAAUUUAAGAAUAUGAAUUAUGAUUAAAAUAGUUAUUUAUAUAUUUAUUUACAAUUUAGCUUGCUAAAAGUAUAUUUAAAAAAAACUGAGAUCUUUUUAUAUACUGUUUAUUGAUGCUAUAUCUUUAUUAAUGACAUUUUAUUUGACAUAAACUUUAAGGAAAAAAACUCUUUUUAGAGUUGGAGGUUGUUUUUGUUCUGUCAUCCAAUAUCUGACAUUUCUGCUUAGCUUAAGUAAUGCACAGUAUAUGGUGUUUGUGUCCUCAAAUUACACUCUAAGGUUCAAUAACCUUUUUAAAUAAGUAAAUUUAGUAUAGUGUAUAUGGUUAGUGAUAUUUUAGGGGUGUCAAGAAGUUUAUAAGAAAUUUAUUACUUGCACCAUGAUCUGAAAAUCCACAGAUGUCUCGCUUGUCUCUCAACCUAACUGACACAACUCAGAAAUAUGUUGUUAUUAACAAUUAUUGUAUUGUAUUUGUUUGUACAGUGUAUAAAUGUGCCAAAAAAGUGAACUUUUCAAAGUAUCUCUGAAAAUUUUUAAGCUUCAGUGUCUCUCAGUGUUGCUGACAUUCCAGUAAUUCUUUUUAAAACAUCAAAUAAGUAUUUUUCUGAUUCUUAUUCAUGCAAUCUGUCUCUUGUGAAAUGAUGAUAGUGCUUUGUAUGAGUGGGUUGGAAGAGGAAAAAUGUUAUAAUUUAUGUAUUAUUUUUUUUCUGCAUGUCCAACAGUACUGUUUAAGGCCCAGAGUUGGAAUUGCAAUGCUUUUGCUCGGUUAGAUUUUUGCUUUUUUAUUUCUUCUUUAUUUUAUUUUUCAUGGAUGGGCAUUAUUUUUUUGUGUUCUUUGUAAGUUAUUUAUAAUGUGACUUUAGAAACUGAGAAGUUUAUGUAUUGCUGCUAUUGUAGUAUAAUUAUCUCUUCAGUUGGAAAUUUCUAAAAAGAAUUUGUAUCCUCUCAAAUGCACAGCAAGCUUAAAGGAUAUAAUUGUAACAAAUACUUGUAUUUGAAAAGAUAGAUAUUCAGCUAAUGAUAUGUUUUUUUUCUUUAGCUGAUUAUUU